AUGUCCUCAGGUUCCUGCCCAUCCCAGCCUAAGGAUUGUGUUGUCGCCGUGCUGCUCGUGUUGUCGCAGGACCUGUCUGUGGAAGUCAACGGCAUGAAGCUGCCUAACCCUUUCAUUAUUGGCAGCGGCCCGCCCGGGACCAACUACCAGGUCAUGAAGAAGGCCUUUGACGAGGGCUGGGGUGGCGUCAUCUGCAAGACGCUCUCCCUGGACUCCUCCAAGGUGGUCAACGUGACGCCCCGGUACGCCAAGCUGCGAGACUACUCCAGCCGGGUGUUCGGGUGGCAGAACUUCGAGCUCAUCUCCGACCGGCCCUUCGACGUCAUGAUAGCCGAGAUGAAGCGGCUGCGCGAGGAGUACCCCAACCGCGUACUCAUCGCCUCCAUCAUGGAGGAAUACAACAAGAACGCCUGGGAGGAGAUCAUCGGGAGGUGCGAGGAAAUCAACGUGGACGCGUUUGAAAUCAACUUCAGCUGCCCACACGGCCUUCCGGAGCGCAGGAUGGGUAUGGCGAUGGGGCAAGACCCGGAGGUGCUUGGGGAGGUGUGCGGCUGGAUCAACGCAGCCGCCACUAAGCCCGUGUGGGCCAAGAUGACGCCCAACGUGACGGACAUCGCCUACCCCGCCGCGGUGGCGCUUGCAGCCGGGUGUGAGGGCGUCGCCGCGAUCAACACCAUAUCCUGCAUUAUGGGAGUCAACCUGGACACGCUGCGCCCCGAGCCCUCCGUGGAGGGCUACACAACGCCGGGGGGAUACUCCUGGAAGGCCGUCAAGCCCAUCGCGCUGGCCAAGUGCACCGCCAUCGCCAAGACCAUUCAGCGGGACUUUGCUGGGGAGGGCAAGUCGCUGUCGGGCAUUGGCGGUGUUGAGACGGGCGCCGAUGCGGCUGAGUUCAUUCUGCUGGGCUCUGAUACAGUGCAGCAGGUGUGCACUGGGGUCAUGAUUCACGGCUACCCGGUGGUGAAGAACCUGUGCGGCGGCCUGCAGCGGUUCAUGACGAAGCACGGUUUCAAGAGCGUGGCCGAAUUCAAGGGCUUGUCGCUGCCGUACGUGACGGUGCACAGCGAGCUGGUGAGCCGGCAGCGGGAAUCCAUCCGGGCCAAGAAGCAACGAGUCGGUCUGGCCAACGACGCGGAAUGGAGCGGGGAGGACUUCGUCAAGAACGCCGAGUCCAUGGUAGCGAACCGGUGAGGCAGGAAAGGGAAGUGUGCCUCACUUUUUUGAAGUGCGGAGGCCGGUACGGAAGAAGCAAGUGGGGAAGAGUGCAGGAGAGAGAGGGUGUGCAGUUGCAGUGCGGGGGCGGAGGGCAGUGUCGAGGCCGCGAGCUGCAAACCCCCAGCGUGCAGACGUCGGCAAAAGGAUCUAAUGGCGCGGUCAGCAGCGCUCCCUGGCGCUUCUCCCUGGCCCACUACUGGAGAUGUGCGGCAGUGCGGGCACCGUGGCCGUCGAUGUAGUAUACGAGGGACAGGAGGAGCAGCUAUCCCAGCAGCAGAUACAGCUACAGCUACAGCAGCAUCGGAAUUUUGAGAGCGACGGAACUUGGCCCCAGAGGUUUCCUUCGAAACCCACGAGGGAGUAGCUCACCCGUUAGCUGUAUGUGUGUGUGGGGGGGGGGGGGGAGCUCCCCAUGGUUUUUGUCUAUUAUGUCUUGUGUCCAUGGGGCUGAUGUUGAAAGCCGUUGGGCAUGUGUCGGGCUGCGUUGCAAUGUUGUUCAGCAAGGACUUCGGUACAGCAGUGGGGGGGCGCGUGUGGACGGAAGCACGGGUAGCCCAUCCCUGCUGCUGCUAGCACCUCUGCUGCCCUUCGUUAUUACUAAAGCCCACAUCAUUUUUACUCCUCCAUCAAAGUGUAUCAUCAUCAUCAUGGGCGCACAGCUCACCGGUUUUGACGGAAAGUAGAACCCUGGUGGGAGGGGAAUGGAGGACAUCACAGCGCGCGUGAUGGAGGGGUUGAAAGAGGAGGGGACGGGUGGAUGGGAGGGCCUGGUUCAGUGGAACUCGGAUGUAGAAAUUCGGGUGUAGGAAUGGACGUAAUGAACGGCUUAGGCCAUGCACCCGCUCCCGAGGAAAGUGUGUGGAGUCAGGAAUAUAGCUUUCGGUAUGCCGAAGGAUUUGGUCGUGUAAUCUUAUUUGUGCAUCGUUGUCUUGGCACGCCUAAUUUGACGGUUCUGGAAGGACCGUACAUGGUGUACAAUGUACAUAUUGCCUUUUGGGUUGUUCAUGUCGGUGUACUGCUGUACACUCGACGAUAAAACACUCGAACGAUACGCAUGUUGAAGCCGGGUCGACUCUCGGAGUGAAUGUGCAAAAUACGUUGGAAGUGUGUAUGUCGGUGCGAAGGUUGUAGACCCUGAUGUGUUGAUAUGUGUACGGUGACGGGCGUCUUGUGGUUCCGAAGGAGAGGAGCCUGCGCGCGGCUGGGCGCAGACAUGUAAGCUGAACAAUCAUGG